AUAGCUUUCGUUUUACAAAUAAAGAUUUGUUACGGAUUUUACCUAGAAAGAUAAGAUUUUGUUUAUCUGUAUGUUCUUCCUCCAGUGACACAUUAUUUUGACUGUGUUGGUUCAGUAAGUCGUGGUUGGCGUUGGCACUCUCUAUCGCUGUUAGUAUUUCGGAAGUGCACUGUAGAUUUAUGUGUAGUUUUUUUAGUUUGGUUUCAUUUCUCAAGGUUUUUCACGUCUUUGAACCUGCCUGUGCUAAUAACCUACCAAUAUUCUUGUUACAGGUGUUCCAUAGACCUCUAAUGAGCGACUUUUCUUCGAAAUUUGCUCAGCUAAGCGUGCGGUCGGAGAAAAGUAGUCACAAUGACUUGUCUAACGUUCAGCGUGCCAAUGGAGAUGAAGACAAGGGUUCUAAGGGUAACCCAUGGAAGCCAAUAGUCCCUAGUUCCGAAAACAAUUCUUUGGAAGCAGACGCUUGGCCUGAACCAUCGGCACCUACUGAACAGCGGCGUAUUACUCGCAUUGCAGAGGAAAAGCCUAAAAGAAAGUUGAAGUGGCAUAAUUACGAAGUUGAUGAUACUACUUGUGGUUUCCCUCGAGGGCGUGGUCGCCAUACAGUUGGACCGUUUGCCGGAGCUAACUACACCAGUAGUAAUGCCAGGCCAUUUCGCAGGGGUUAUGGAGGUUACCGAAGUCGCAUCUUACCUGAUGCAAACAGAGGUCGAAACAGUAAUGGGUUCUAUCGUCAUCCUGGUCGUUUAGGAAACGUACGACCAGUUAGUGAACCUAAAGAAAAUCCAAACGAACCUAGUCAAAAGAAUAGUCCAGUUCAAGCUAGUGAUACAUGUAGCGUCUCAGUUGAUGUUCAUUUGAGUACUGAUGUAUCAGCUCUUGACGAAAAGGUUUCAGAUCGCGGUUUACAUCUGUCAGAAUCGGUUGAUGUGUCAGGUCAACAAACAGACACAGACUUGCAGAAUAACAAACCAAGCUCAGUUUCCUCUAUGCCUAAUCCAACACCCCGCAAAGUUUACCGCGAGAGAUCCAAUGUUUCGUCGCAGUCAGGUAGCCAGUCAACUAACAUCCCAUCUAAUUAUGAUGCUGGUCCCGUUGGCCGUGCGAGACGAUCAUACCAACGACAGCAUCAGCCAAUGUUCCCCACCGAAACCGAUAGUCACAAUUUGAAUUCACACUCUACUCUGGUUGCGAACUCCUCCAUCCAACCUCUUAUUCCCUUUCAAACUCUACCUCAAAUUGCAUAUAUCAUCCCAGGAGCACCUGCAACAAUGCUGACCCCUGCCUUACAGAUUGCACAAACACCUGCUUCACAUACAAUAAUUCCUACUGUGUCGCUACCAAACACUCAAAUCCUACCCACUCAGCCGACAAUACAACAUCCUAUUGGAGGUCUACCACAUCUUCCGGUCGAAAAUCUCCCCAUACCUAUUCUUCCAGAUGGAUCAGCUGUCCAGUCAGUACAUCCCAGUUUCAACCCACAAUCAUCCAUGACCUCUACUGGUACAGAACAACCAAUUGAUACCCCUGAAGUGGUUGACGUAACUCAGGUCAUUGCAUACAUUAACGAAGUGGGAUGGAGAAAAGUAGUUUUUCCCACAAGCCUUCGGGAGCAUCGUGCAGUCGCUGCUGCUAUAAAAGAUGCUCUAGGGUCAUCAAACCACGACUUAGCGGAUCUCACUGAAUCAGCGGUUAACAAAAAUGACUUGUCCAACCCGUCAUCUACCCAACCUCGUAGCGAUGAUGCACCUACAAGACCAAUAAAAGCUGACGAUAUUAUCAUAGUUGAAGAUCGUGUGUUUUUUGUUCCGAAAAAUGUAAAUCGAACCAAGUUUCUAAAGUUCCUAUCGAAAUUGGAUUAUAUUAAGCAUCAUGUCGAAUAUUACUUCAGUGAAAGCAAUCUACAACGUGAUUCCCACUUGCGUGCGAUACUAACUGCCAAUCAAGAUGUUUGCCCUCUAUCCGAGCUGUUACAGUUCAAUAGACUUCGCUGGGUGUCCGCUACUGAAUCCGAAUUGCUAGAUGCCGUUUCCAGCAGCAACGUCUUGUUGGUCGUGCUUUCCCCCGAUGGAUCACCAGCUGGAAUUACUCGAGUUUGUCCAACAUUGGUAAAACAUUUCAAUGAAGGCUGUCCUCCAUCCGUCGAGUUUGGCUAUGUGCGUCCUGUAAAUCAAGGUGUAAGUUUGGCAACUUCGGUUUCUGAUCAAAACACAAUUGUUGUGCAAGUAUCUUCAGCUUCCGGUCAAUCUCUUACACAUCCCAGUGUUGAUCCUUCAAAUCAAAACAUCUCAAUCCUGAGUCCGGUCUCAGCUCAUUCAUUUGGAAGUCAGGUUUCCGCAAACAGUAACAACGCCCCUUUUCCAUGUGCAACACAGGUUUUGGGAGUUUCGGGUCAAUCCAUGAGCUCCGUUCCUCAUAAUUCGCUUCCGAACUAUAUUCAAUCUUCCGCUCACGUCUUGACUCCGAACAAUUUCGGGAUUUUGACAAACACUUCACCAGGGAAUAUGAUAUAUUCUAGUUCUUCACCCUCACAGCAGCACGUGUCAGUUACUUCUCCGUUCUACCAAUCCGACCUCGGUCCACAAUCUACAAUUAGACCAGCACAAGCUUUUCAUUGUCCACAACUUUACACUCAAAACCAAGCUGCUGCGUUUAUGGCCGCGGCUGCCAAUCAAUGUAGUUUGUUAGCGUCAGGGCCCAGCACUACAGUUUUGCCUCCGUCAGACCCGAAUACUGCGUCCUUCAUAUCCGCAUUAUACCGCCUUGCCACUCCAGGUAGCCCGGCGCCUAUUGUUGGGACGUAUGUACCUUCCGUUGGAAAUCCUAACAACAUGUCUCCUGCUGCUCCCAAUUCGGCCGUGUUUCUCCAAUUUAUUCCAGGAGCUCAUCCUGGCCAAACUAACGCCUAUUUCGCGCCUCCAAUUAGUUGUCCGCCAGGCACAAACUCACUGUUAAGCCGUUCCGUUCCUGCACACGCUAGCGGAAUGUGGAUACCACUCAACCAAGGUUCUGCUGCGAACGGUGGUAUUGUUCCGACGCUUCCUUACCAACCGUAUGUGGCACUAACUCAGGCUCAUCCGAGCCUAUCGCUUUCCAAUAAUCCGAGUGGUAACGGAGGGUUGUACGCUGUAACGUCUUCUCACUCAUUCCCAACAGCCUUUGGAACUGUUCCUACUUUAACUAUUGGUCCUGAUGUCUCUGGCUUUGGUGUUCAGAAAGUGUUCAGUCAUGCUCAUUCAUUAAGCAGUCCACAUAGUUUCACAAAUCACCAAUCACCCGUUACUUCAAACGCGAACGUGACAGCAAUAAACACACCAACCGGACAUACUUCUCAAAUCAAUGUAAAUCAUAGUUCAGUUCCAGGUUCACAGCCAUCAAACAGUAACUUGGCUUUGGGUAAACGAAUACCUACAAACAACACUCAAACAUGAAUCUAGGUCUUUCCAUAAGAUUUUACCACAUCCCUUGCUAUGUACAGUGUACAGUUCCCCUUGUCCACAGAUUCUUUAUAACCUUUUAUCACUUAAUAGCUAGCGACAUUUCUAAAAUUUCAGACAGUUAUCUAUCAUCUCUUUGCACAGCUAUAGCAGUUGUCUAGUCACUAGUUCCUGCAUAUGCGAUAUCUGUACUCACAGUUUGUGCCUUGAAUCGUUUGUUUUUAACAUUUCGAAUUAUUUUUGUAAUUAAAAAUAUGCGUACUUUCUUCCGAAGCUAACCUCUAAAUGGCAUACGUAGCUAAUAUCGGACAAGAUUUUACGGUUUGCUGCCUGUGAUAUAAAUCUUUAGGUUUUAUGACUUUCGUUCAGGCUGUGCCUGUCAUCCAUUCAUUUGUAGGUAUUUUAUUCGAACUCAGAGCUGGUUGUCUUUUAAAAUUUAGUCCUCAUAUUAAUUGAUGUAUUUCUUCAGAUAUAGUCCACAAAAAGUGUAAAUGCUUUUAGUUCCCAUAUGUUCAUGCCCUAAGUGCACUUCGUCUGUCUUCCAGCGUAGUGGGGUGCAAACUCCCGAAAUUAAAUUAGGUUUCCUCAUUUCUCACUUCCUGAUGUCACGUAGUAUAUUUAUCCAAUUGUAGUUUACCAUUAGUAAUUCUUGUUCAUUCCAUGAAUGCUGUCCAUUGUAAAUAUUACCUUUAUCACUUAGUCUCGAAUGUCUACAUUAUCUUUUAUGUUUAUCUUACUGGUUUCGGUACCUAACACCUUGCUAACUAAUUUGUCGCAACAAAUCUUUAGUGUUUCCUAUUAUCUUCAAGCUUUCUUAUUCUCAUUUGUUAUUAUUCAGAUUCUUUAAAAAUAAACGUCCAAAAAAAUGAUGUGUAUCCU